AUGUUGCGCAAUACGAAACUCCUCAGCACCAGAUCCCAUCCAUUUAUACCUAUAACUACAAGAGCUGGUCAGCUGUGCCACCCAUCGGUAUCUUCCUACCAGCAUCGCUGCCUUGUGACUUCCCAAACUAUCCACAAAGAAAGACAUCUCGAGUCCGAUUUGGACCGGCAUCUACUCCGGCCUGAGCAUAACGAGAAUACCAAGUCGGGCACCGACGACGAAGCAGCUCAUCACUGGUCUUCGUACGAUCCCACUAUCACCGACCCAGACCUUGAGGUUCUCGCCUGCGAGGAAGAGUGCGAACUUGAUGGUGAACUAGAUGACCCUUUGUUCGUCAGCCCAGGCAAUAGGGAAGUCAGUCGUUUCCUUGAUCCGAUGAUCGGAGGGGCGGUGCAUGGUGCUACGAGACCGGGCCCAAGUGGGAGGGGAUGGACAAGAAAGCAUAAGGAGGUGAUCAUCAAGAAAAUCCCCGGAAGUCAGUUUGAGAAAUAUGAUCGAAUACUGCAGGAGCUGAGGAAGGCAGAUAAGCGGUGA